AGAAAAAAUUUCUCCAAUGGCCAAGAGUCCUUAAAAAGACAAAGUUCAACCACAGGAAGGACAGUCACCCUCACCCCACAAGCCCUUAAGCACAUUUGGGUGCGGACGGCACUGAUAGAAAGAGUGCUCGAUAAAAUUGUCCAGUACAUUGUGGAUAACUGCAGUAAAUAUUAUGAGAAAGAAGCUUUACUGGCUGAUCCAGUUUGCGGUCCGAUCUUGGCAGUUCUUUUAGUUGGACCUUGUGCAUUAGAAUACACAAAGCUAAAGACAGCAGAUCAUUACUGGACAGAUCCUUCAGCUGAUGAACUAGUGCAGAGACACAGGAUUCAUGGAACUCACACUCGCCAGGACUCAAGUCCCUGCAAGCGACCCGCCCUAGGUAUUAAGAAGCGUCAUUCCAGUGGUAGCAUGUCAGAGGACAAAUUUGCAGCAUCGGCACGGGAAUAUGUUGAGUCACUUCACCAGAAUUCCAAAAUACAUCUACUCUAUGGGAAAAACAAUGUACUCGUUCAACCGAAAGAAGAUAUGGAAGCCAUUCCUGGAUAUCUUUCACUUCAUCAGAGCGGGGAAAAUUUGACAUUAAAAUGGACUCCUAACCAGUUAUUAAAUGGGACUCUGGGAGAAUCAGAACUUGAAAAGAGUGUGUUUUGGGACUAUGCUCUAAUCGUGCCAAUAAGUCAGAUAGUCUGUAUACAUUGCCACCAGCAGCACAGCAGGGGAGUCCUUGUACUGGUCAGCCAAGAUGGUAUCCAGAGACCUCCACUCCACUUCCCUCCAGGGGGACAUCUUCUUGCCUUCCUAUCUUGCCUUGAAAAUGGUCUUCUACCUAGAGGACAGCUAGAGCCUCCACUAUGGUCACAGAGGGGCAAGGGAAAAGUAUUUCCAAAACUGAGAAAAAGAAACAGCUCUAAUAAGUCAGUAGACUUUGAUGACAGUUUUGUAGAAGAGUUAACUACAGAUUAUGUCUUCAGAAUCAUCUACGCUGGACAUAAACAUGACAACAACUCUGGCGACGUGAUAGAGAUGCAAGGCUUUGGUUCUAAUCUUAUGCCCUGGCAACAUAAUGAGCCUUGCAGUCAGGGAUCGUCCUGUCUAUCCUGCUCCACAGGAAGCUCUCCAUAUGAUAUUCCCAGCUGUUGCAGCUGCAUCCAUGACAGGACACCACUCAAACUAUUAUGUGAAAAUAUGAAGAGACAGAUUGUAUCCCGAGCAUUCUAUGGUUGGCUCGCCUAUUGCCGUCACCUGUCCACAGUUCGAACUCAUCUCUCUGCCCUUGUCCAUCACUCCAUUAUUCCACCAGACAAACCAAGUGAUGCUUCGGGUGGUCUUACCAAAGAAGUGUGGAGCAAAUAUCAAAAGGAUAUGAAGAAUUACAAAGAGCUAGAGCUGCUGAGGUUGGUGUAUUAUGGAGGAGUGGAACAUGAUAUCCGCAAAGAAGUUUGGCCAUUCUUGCUUGGCCAUUACAAGUUUGGGAUGACUAAGAAAGAAAUGGAUCGAGUGGAUGAAGCUAUUGCCUCCAGGUAUCAGAAGGUGAUGGCCGAAUGGAAAGCCUGUGAAGUCAUUGUCAAGCAAAGGGAAAAGGAAUCACAUUCGGCCAUUUAUGCCAAGCUCUCAUCUGGAAGCAGCAUUGACAGCCAUGUCCAACGCCUGAUUCAUCGAGACUCCACUAUUAGUAAUGAUGUCUUCAUGUCUACAGAAGAAAUAGAUGUGACAGACCGAGACUUGAAAACUCACAAUGAUAAAACCACCACCUUGACAAACACUGCUGGUACUCCAUCGGCAGUGGUAGCUGAACCACAGCAGUCUGUGGAGUUUGACUCUCCUGAUUCUGGUCUUCCCUCUUCUCGUAACUACUCUGUGACCUCGGGGAUCCUGUCAAGCAUUGAUGAUGGACAGAGCAUAUGUUUUGAGGAAGAAGAAUCAAGCACAGAGUCAGACAGGACAGAAAUGAGUAUGGGCACUCCCAGGAAAACAAAGGGAGUCCUCAAAAUGCAGGACUCUAUAUGUGAAGAGCAGCUGUGUUCACAGCUAGAGUACUUAAGUAAUUCUGAAGACAUCUCUUCCAUGUGCCCAACAUCGUACACAGUAAGAUAA